AUGGUCAAGACAGUCUUGUUGAGCCCAAGCGCCUUAAGGCAGUUCAACCGAAUCGCUACGCGCCUAAACCCGUUCCUGGGAAUUCUGGGAAUUGUUGGUCUUUCAGCUCGAAUCGCGACUUUCGCGUCCCCGGUCUCAGUUGGAUGUAUCCUUGCCCCGAUAUCCGUCUUCCUGCAAAUUCUCGGAUUGGUAUUGGCACUAUCUCACAUGCGCACUGGUUACAUGAAGAUUCUCGUUUGUACCUUCGACUUUUGGUUCUUGGAGACGGCCAACACAUUGUGGGCUACGACAUUUUGCGCCGUUCUCAAUGAUUCUCGGGUGGUUCUCGUGCUGUUUUGCUGGGUAGACUUUACGUUUUGGCUCCUAGAAGAAGCCUACCUGCGCAACUCGCGCAUGAUUGUCGGUGUGGCGUUCAUGCAGUGGACAUUUUACGUGCUGCUUACGGUGUUGCUGUCACUGGAGCUUGUCGAUGGGGUCCAGCACUACGAAUUGAUCACAACUGGAGGGAGAACGCUUUCCACUAACGACGUUUUAGUUAACUCCCUCGUAACGAUGACGAUGCUUUCGCUGCGGAAUGUUUACCGUCGAUACCGACACCUCAAGCAGCAGAAAAGUAAGCAACGAGUAUCGGAGAUGAACCGAUAUACUAAACGUCCACUAUUGCAAAUGGUGCUAGCUGCGGAAUCCUUUCGCGUUGACCCUCGCGACACCGUGUGGCCUCGAAUUGGAGCGCUUACACCCCUUUCAGCCUGGCAACUCAUCGCUGUACAUGUCUGCGGCACAAUUGGAGGCGUAUUUGGCGCACUCUCCAUCUUUUUACCGAGGAGUGCUACAGGUGCUCCGGUCAGUGCCGUAGGUGGACUGAUAGCGAGUGCCAUUUACUGUGGAGUUCACACAUGCUGCUCUCAACGCCAAUUACUCAAGCGCGUCCUCGCGUCUUUCCACUUUUUGUUCCUUGAGCUUCAAAUUAUUGCUGCGGGCCUGUGUGUCGCCGAUAUGUUCGGGUGGAGUUGGAUACCUACGUGCGGUAUGGCCUCGAGUUUGCUCUUAGGUUUCCCAAUAGGUUUCCCAAUAUUGGCCUGCGACGCGCUAACUCCAGUCAUGAAGCAUCGACUGCGCUACAAGCACUGGAUCAUUAUCAAUGGAAUUGUGAGCUACGUCUCGAUUCAAGUUGUGAUUCUUCUGGAUGCGUUGACUUGGGGAAAUAUGGAGCUGCGUGAUCGAGUUAUCUUUGACUUUACAUAUCUCGGUCGACAGGCCAAAUUUUGUGUGGUACCGUUCUAUCUGAGUCGUAUCGUCACCAUUACGAUUUGGACUGCCCGUAAUGGCUUUGUUGCACUCACUCGCCCGGACGAUAGCGCCCUCAUAAUGCUGCGAGGGGAAGUGGAGUUCGACUAUGAAGGGUGGAAGAAGCAGUUUAAUCUCGGCCCUCGAUUGGGAUGA